UGCCACAUCUUCCACUAAAUGAUAAAGCCGCUACACCAGGAACUAGCGGAAGGACCGACUAAAUAAGAACCUAUCUUUAAAAAAAACAACAACAUUCAGACUAUUCCUGUCAAACUUAAUGUAUUUUUUUCUCUCUGAAAGUGUCAGAGGGUCGUAAAAUUCACGCGAGCAUCUUAAAUUGUUCUCGUGUUGGAUUUUACAGAGUUUUAUCAGUAGGAGGAGGUGUUAGGUUCGGCUACUGCAACUUAACGGUUAAGUUGGUCUGUUGGUGACGUGAAGUGGGCUCUUCAACCGGAAGACUCAUAAACAAUUAUUACUCCUAAAAUAGGAGCAGAGUAAGCCGAGCAGCCGGUGACGUGGAGAGUAAAAGCACAGGGCGAGUGGAGAAGUGAAAGAAGGAGAAGGUAGAAAAACCAUCCCAGCGAUCUGCCUGCCUGAGAGUGCUGCGUCAUGGGGAAACAGAACAGCAAGCUGCGGCCCGAGGUCCUGAACGACCUGAGAGAAAAUACAGAGUUCAGCGACAACGAGCUCCAGGAGUGGUACCGCGGCUUCCUCAAGGACUGUCCCACCGGCCACCUGACUGUGGAAGAGUUCAAGAAGAUCUAUGCCAACUUUUUCCCAUACGGAGACGCUUCAAAGUUUGCCGAGCAUGUGUUCCGCACGUUUGACACCAACGGUGAUGCCACCAUCGACUUCAGGGAGUUCAUCAUCGCCCUGAGCGUGACGUCUCGCGGCGGGUUGGAGCAGAAGCUGCGCUGGGCCUUCAGCAUGUACGACCUGGACGGGAAUGGGUACAUCAGCCGGGCGGAGAUGCUGGAGAUAGUUCAGGCAAUUUACAAGAUGGUAUCAUCAGUGAUGAAGAUGCCUGAGGAUGAAUCAACACCAGAGAAAAGGACAGAUAAGAUCUUCAGACAGAUGGACAUUGACAAUGAUGGUAGAUUGUCUCUGGAGGAGUUCAUUAAAGGUGCCAAGAGCGACCCGUCCAUUGUCAGACUGCUGCAGUCAGAUCAGGGAGCCUCUCGUCAGUUCUGAAAACAGAGACAAUACAGACACACACUCUCCAAAACACAAUCACAAACCCGGUGACCAGACAAUUCUUCCAUUUAAAAACAAAACACUCCUCGUCUUGUUUACAUCAAUGGAUACUUCUCUUUCGUCAAUGUGGCUCCUUUUCUGUGGACUAUGACGUGCUUUGAGGUAUUUUGUGUAUAUGCUUUUCCAAAGCUCUCUCGCUUUGAAAUGGUUUUUACCUUUUCUCCAUAAGUAAAGUGCCAUAUCAUAUAUUUAUACUGACUGGAUUAUAUGCUCACAAGUAUUAUGAAUUCCAUUAUGUUACACUAAGAGGAAACUAAUUAAUCACUUCUUAUCAUUAAAUUCAACUUAACGGUGUUGAAAAGUGGCUUUUGGUUGUUCAGGAUAUCAACUUUAGCUUAACAAGUUGCUCCUCUGGACAACUUCUAUAUGCCUUUGGUAUUGCAUGCACUUGGUGAUAUAUAUUUUCCGAUAUUGUAACAGUUUACGUAAAUAAGAAGGCUGUGAUUGUUUUUAUUCCUUUUUAUUUUUGUAACAAAAAAAAAAAUUGUUUUCACACAAUUGAAAUAAAGUCGUGUAAGAAAAAUCUACACAAGUCCCACAGUACCCCCUCGCCCUGGACAGACUCACCAAGAUUCUCACUUACUGGUUAAAAAGAAAAA